AUGGUUGCAAACAUCGCUAGUCAGAGUCCUGUUGAUGGGAGACUCCUCUUCCCUGAGCCCUGGAUCGACUGCAGCACAAUGAUGGAUGAGCAGGAGGUGCUGAACUCCAUCAUGCAGGAUUUGGCUGAACUGCAUCGCUCCAGUCGACCGGCUAUGUUCCUGAACGACCUGAAGAGCAAGACCUCCUCCCCCAAGAACCAGUACACUACAGCCAUGUACCAGUACACUACAGCCAUGUACCAGUGCACUACAGCCAUGUACCAGUACACUACAGCCAUGUACCAGUACACUACAGCCAUGUACCAGUGCACUACAGCCAUGUACCAGUGCACUACAGCCAUGUACCAGUGCACUACAGCCAUGUACCAGUGCACUACAGCCAUGUACCAGUGCACUACAGCCAUGUACCAGUACACUACAGCCAUGUACCAGUACACUACAGCCAUGUACCAGUACACUACAGCCAUGUACCAGUACACUACAGCCAUGUACCAGUACACUACAGCCAUGUACCAGUGCACUACAGCCAUGUACCAGUGCACUACAGCCAUGUACCAGUGCACUACAGCCAUGUACCAGUGCACUACAGCCAUGUACCAGUACACUACAGCCAUGUACCAGUACACUACAGCCAUGUACCAGUACACUACAGCCAUGUACCAGUACACUACAACCAUGUACCAGUACACUACAGCCAUGUACCAGUACACUACAGCCAUGUACCAGUACACUACAGCCAUGUACCAGUACACUACAGCCAUGUACCAGUACACUACAGCCAUGUACCAGUACACUACAGCCAUGUACCAGUACACUACAGCCAUGUACCAGUACACUACAACCAUGUACCAGCACACCACAACUACUAACGACGUUCGGGUGAAGUUUGAGUUCAAAGGGGAGAGGAGGAUUUUACAGUUCCCUCGUCCGGUGAAACUGGACGAGCUUCGGGACAAAGCCAAAGUGGCUUUUGGUCAAAACAUGGACCUGCACUACACUAACAACGAGUUGGUGAUUCCACUGUCGACGCAGGACGAUCUGGACAAAGCUGUGGAGCUGCUGGACAGAAGUUUUCAUAUGAAGAGCCUGAAGAUCCUCUUGGUGCUGCAGACCAACUCCCAGAGUUCUCUGUCAAACAGGGAGCUGCUGCCGUCUCAUGAGGAACUGGACAACACAGGCUUCGCUCUGAUCGGGUCUCAGUCCGACCGCUCCUCGCCGCCUCCAGGCUACAUCCCCGACGCCUUGCAGCACGUGGCCCGAAACGGCUCCUUCACCAGCAUCAUCAGUGAAGGAGAGUUCAUCCCAGAGAGCAUGGACCAGAUGUUGGACCCUUUGUCGAUGAGCAGUCCAGAGAACUCGGCGUCUGGGAGCUGUCCGUCUCUCGACAGUCCUCUCGACAGCGAUUAUCCAAAGUCCAGGAUGCCCCGAGCGCAGAGCUAUCCAGACAACCACCAGGAUUUCCCAGAGUACGACAUCCCCGUGUUCGAGAAGUCAGGGAAAGGAGGAACGUACCCGCGGCGCUACGGGGUUCCAUUCAGCCCACAAGACUACAGCGAUGGCCGUAAGACGUUCCCGCGAGCCCGCCGCUCUCAGGUUCAUGGCUUCAGGUCUCCCGUCAGCUUCAGUCCCACAGACCAGUCCCCGAGCACCAGCAGCGGCAGCAGUGUGUUCAGUCCAGACGCAGAGGACUGUGCUUCCCGCAGGACGCCCAGAGGAAGUGACGUGGAGCCCAACCCAAGCUCCGCCCCCACGCUGUCAGUCAUGGACAUCAGCCCGCCCAGCCGCUCUCCUCGUGCUCCCACAAACUGGCGUCUGGGGAAGCUGCUAGGGCAAGGCGCCUUCGGGAGGGUGUAUCUGUGCUAUGACGCAGAUACAGGGAGAGAGCUGGCAGUGAAGCAGGUGCAGUUCGACCCAGACAGCCCCGAGACCAGCAAGGAGGUGGGAGCUCUGGAGUGUGAGAUCCAGCUGCUGAAGAACCUGUGUCAUGAGAGGAUCGUCCAGUACUACGGCUGUCUGCGGGACACGAUGGAGCGAACUCUGUCUAUCUUCAUGGAGUACAUGCCAGGGGGGUCGAUAAAGGACCAGCUGAAGGCGUACGGAGCUCUGACAGAGAACGUGACGCGCCGAUACACGCGCCAGAUCUUGGAGGGCGUGUCUUAUCUCCAUAGCAACAUGAUCGUGCACCGUGACAUCAAAGGAGCGAAUAUUUUGCGAGACUCUGUGGGGAACGUGAAGCUGGGAGACUUCGGAGCGAGUCGCCGCCUCCAGACCAUCUGUCUCUCAGGGACAGGCAUGAAGUCUGUGACAGGGACGCCGUACUGGAUGAGUCCUGAGGUCAUCAGCGGAGAGGGCUACGGCCGCAAAGCUGACAUCUGGAGUGUGGGCUGUACUGUGGUGGAGAUGCUGACACAGCGUCCCCCGUGGGCAGAGUUCGAGGCGAUGGCGGCCAUCUUUAAAAUUGCCACUCAGCCGACAAACCCCGUGCUGCCGGCGCACGUGUCGGAUCACUGCCGCGAGUUCCUGCGCCGCAUCUUUGUGGAGACCAAACAGCGGCCGAGUGCCGACGAGCUGCUGCGACACUUCUUUGUACAUUAG